AUGCACGCCACAAUCCUCACCGUGGCCUUCCUCCUGGGCCUGCGUGCCCACGCAGCUCCCACUCCUCUCACCGAUGCCGUCACCAGCAGCACCUCCAUCACCAUCGGCGACAAUCUCGACACCACCGCCGAGCCCCUAGACACACCCACCACCAUCAUCCCUAGUACUCUCGACGAGUCCUCAGACGAGACUCCAGACGAGACUCCAGAAAACGAUGAGCGCUCAGUCUACAUCACCAUCGGCGACACCGUCAACCGCGUCGCCUCGGAGUCCUCACCCUCCGACGCAGACAACGCCAACCUGCAGCGUCUGCUGGAACUGCUGACUGAGCAUCUCGCACGGGUGAAGCAGUCCGCUGACUCUGCUACCAGCAGUAAUGAGUCAUCCGGGUUCCAGCGCGUGCCCACUUCCAAAGCGCUCGCGCAUGAGGAUCACGGACACGAAGAGGAGGAGGAAGACAAGAACGGACGUCCGGCUAAUGCGGUUAUCAUCAACAAGGCUGAUAUGUUCCCCGAGGGGGAUAAACAUGAACAGCAACAGGAGCACCAGCAGCCCAAGGGCGAGCAACAUCAUGAGGAGGCGUCCGACUUCAAAGAUUACCAACGCCAGGGGCAGUUCAAGCCGCAGAACCAAGGUGGUGAGGGCCAGGAGGCGGUCGGGUUUACGAUCUUUUGCAAGGGGAUUAGUGUGUGCAAUCCGGUGACGAUUAUUAAUGGGAAGGGGGGCCGGAAGUUGAAGAUUGAUAAGUUGGAGAAGUUUGGGAGGAAGAGUAAGGGGAAGUUGGGGGAGAAGUUUAAGAAGCCUUUUUAG